UAGAGUAUUCUACUGGCGAGUUUGUCAUUUGUUUGCCCUUUAGUACUUUAGCAAAGAACCGAUGAAAUUAUUCUUGCACUGUGAUCACUUGAAUUAUCAAAACAACUGUAUACUAAAUGUAGCUCGAGACAACCUUCUAGUUCGACAUUACUUGUGAUUUUAGGUGUAAAAUGGUCUACACAUUCUAGGCACUUAUGAGACAUUAAUGUACAAUGUAUUUUUAAUCUUUACAAAUUCCUUGAGAGACUUUCUGCUUCUGUUAGCAUGUGUCCCCACUGCUACUCAUGAGAAUCAUACCGCAUAAAUAGCUUCUGGUAGCAAUUACAAUAUUUUCGAUUCCUCUUUCUGUUAAAGCAGGGCGUUCGUGGGAUGCCGUGGUGCACUACCCGCGUCGUCAUCAUUAUCAAAUCCAAAUGUUAAAAAAAUCAAGGACAUGUGACUCACUAAUGCAGAAAAAAAGCUGACCGAAAUACUGCUCAUUCAUUAAUUCACGAUAAAAUCAUGCAGAGACAACAAGGCCGCGGUCAGUUAAGAUGAUCGCCAAAUAUGGCAAGUAAUCUUAAAUCACUCAAUAGGCCAGGAAACUGAUUACUGCAUAUUGCUACCACACGAGAUUACAGCCUUUUUCAUUUGGCCGCAGCAUGCUCCAUUGAACAUAGAUACUGAAGACUUCUGGUCAACCGGGAACAUUCAUCUUUGAUAAAGUGGUAUAUUGCCUAGAGCCACUCUACACGUAGGAAAUCUUACGGGAGUUAAAUGAAUCCUGUCAAGCUGGCUGAAGUGUUUUCGUGUAAGUGCUUUCUUGCCCGUCCUUUUUUAUUGCAUCGGCCACGUUCUAUUGAAUGGGCGUCCAACCUACCUCCGUCAACCCUUUAUCUUCAUUAAUAUAAUGCCAGCAACACCUCUACGAUAAGGGCAAAUCGCCGAUAGGUUUCUACUCUACAUUCCAGAUAUCGCAAUCUAUAUUAAAAAGUAAAAAUAUAGGCAGGAUAUCUUUCGGGGGUUGUGAAGAAGUAUCGGCAACGCGAAGAAUCUAUGAUUUGCCAUAUACUAGUAAUUCCUAUAAGAUUGAAUGCCAAUCAUGCCCACCGGCGAUACCGUACGCCGUCUUCCUAUAGACGGUAUAGUACAAUUUCUAUCAUGAACCGUAGAAUAAUAUUACUACAAUGAUUUAUAGUGGUAGUAUUUACUACGACUUCGUUAAGACAGCAAAUCCGCAACGAUCAGCUUCAUAAAUUCUCUUGAUGAAUGAACGAAUAUUUUCUGUUUAUGUCUGGCUGACUAGCGCUCAUCGUCGGCUAAGCGGGCGGCCACUCACCCAAAAUCGACACCUGUAGGGCAUUCUGAACGAAAUCUAGGGUGUAGCAGAUGGCUUGGACAGAGCCAGGCUUACCGUUUCUGUGAAGCGGCAUAUAUUUAUAUAUAGAAAUCGAAUAUAGGUAGAACCUAAAACUCCUGUUACUAAUUUCUUUUUUUUCACCUUUUUCGAGUGGCUGUCUGUGCAUCUGCAUUCAGAUAUGCACACGGACCCACCUCGCUUGGGUCUACAUGUGUACGUCUAUACAUGAGUGUGUAGCUGCGUAUGUAUUCUGCCCCUAUAUGGCUUCUCUGUUUACAUAUAGAUCGACAUAGCGACAGCACACAGUGUCUCUGAGUGCAGCUGUGUCUAGGCUAGCUCGUGUUGAUGCCUACGGCAAGCAGGCCGUAUCGGUGUGUGUCUAUGUUAAAUCAACAAAUUUCUGUAUGUGCUGGUUGUGAUACGAUGAAGAUAUUCAUAACAGUAAUCAUCAAUAUCCUCAGCUGCGCGCCGAAUAAAGUUUCAUGUCGCUGCCCUUGUGCGGUAGGCUUAUGUAGGCGACUGUAAACUCGUGCUUGUGCUGCUGCUGCUACUGCCACUGCUACAGCCCCUGCGGCCCUGCCGCCUUAUCCACUAUCAGCAGUAGGACUGAAGUGGAUCACUAAAGAAGUUGUGAUAGAGUUUGUUGUUGUAGUUCGCGAGGCUGUAGUGGUGUGCGUCCACAGCAGUAGUAGUGUUUAACUCCGUGGCAUGCACAAGAGUCGUGACACAUCGACCACAGGCGCAUUACUCCCUUAGCUACGACUGUUGGCCAAGAGAUUAGGCCGAUCGCAUUGCAAACUGCGAUCCCGUUCCUGCGGAGGACGUCAAAGCAGUAGCAGCAACUUGUCGACGUCCUGGCCGUACUUGAUGUGCCAGAGUGGCUGUGGGUUCAUCUCUCGUUUCGUAACGACACAUCCCUAAAACGGCAAUAGCUAAAGCGAUGGAGGUUGACAGUUCGUCCGAGGAAACCGCUCCACCGCCAGCCGUUGCAGAACCCGGCACGGCGCCAUCCGUCGUCGUAGUACCUCAAGCAAAGCUGAAGCGUAGCUCUUCCGCGCCUUUGCUUGUCGGAAGCCCUUCAAGUGGAGGGCACUCAGGCAGUGUCCUAUCAGGUUCAGGUUCGGUGUGGACGGCGACAUCUUCGCCAUCGUCCGGUGGAGCCAGCGGAGGCUGCGGUAGCCUAAGUCCAUCUGCCAGUCCGGCUAGCCCUGUUCUAAUCUCGCAUUCAGCAUUUCAUCCUGCACAGAGCUUCAGGGAGGGCCUUCGAGGUCGCACCAUGUCUGUGACGUCAUCAGGUCCACACUCCCCCGUCGUCCCUCGGGUUCACCAGAUUCGCGCUGAGGAGAUGGAGGCAGUGACCGUGCGUGAAGCUCAACAGGAGCGUGAGCUAGCAUCGAAGUUGCUCAUUUCACAGUCAUGGGAUGAUCUGUCGAUUGAUGAAACGCCUUCCUCUUGCGCUUCGCCUUCUCCGUCGAGUCCCGUCCUCGGUGGGCCCAGGCGACUUCACUCACCCCCGAUUUUUGGCUGUCCGUCGCCAAGUGGCAGCACCAGUUGUGCGACCGCAGGCGCAGCCUCGCCUUCGGGAAGCAAUCGGCAGUGCUAUUCACCUUCGGUUCUUCGGUCAGCGAUGAGAGCGCCUUCAUCGCCAUCACCUACUCGAGUUCAGCGUCAUCGAUCGCAGAGUCCACAACUUGUCUUGCGGCCAUCAGCUUUAGGUGCGGUAAAGCGCAAGCUCAGCUCUGAUUCAGACGGAGCUGGAAGUGUUGGUAGUGGCGAACCUGUCGAAAGAGCCAAGAGGAUGCUAACACUCGACGAUACCACCGGAAAGGACAAUACCCUUCUUUUGCAGGUGGCUCCCACCGAUGGCCAUAGCUGAUUGUUCGCAAGGUGGUCGUAAAUAGGUGAUCAAACAAAAACGUGAUCGAUUCGGGAAAUAUUAAUAAAUAGAAGACAGCAUAGGCGCACGACAUUUAGUGAAGUCGAAACGGAUAAAUAACGUAGUAGAGUAUUGAAUUUUAGAUGUGUUUUGGAGAGGUGGAAUCAUGAAGCACAACUCAUCCAGUCAGGGACGACAAUGAGAAUGGAUUUGAGGCUGGAGUGGCCGUAAACACGUAAUCAAAGAAAAAAAUCUGAUUAGCUGGAAAUAUGAAGAUCGAACUAAUACGGCCUUAAGCGGAUACGAGGCAAAAAGAGGGCAUAGAUCUAGAAUAAUAGAUAAGAGAGUAAACAACCAAACCGCGUGCAUGGGUCAGUUUGGAACGUAUCGCCAAUGAGUCAAAUCAAGAGUAUGGCAGAAUUUGGAACCAGAUGAUAUUGCACGGCAUAGCAAAAAAAUUCAAGUGACCACAGACAUAGUUGAGCCAAUGUGAACAUCGAAGAUAGUUUUUGAAAAAAUACUAUUACAAGUAAUAUCAUAAUAAAGAACACCUUAAGCAUCCAGCUUCCGAUGGCCAGUAGUCACCUACCUAGCCUAUAUUUAUCCGAGGACAAAUCUUGCACAUGUAUUUUUAGUGUAGGCUUCUUUUUCCUCUAAGAGUAACACUUGUUAUUAUUAUUAUUAAACCCUUUCGUGGACUAUUAUAAUGAAACUAAAAUUAGGCAUUUAUCAUGGGGUAUAUAGAUGGCACGGUACCAUCGAUGCUGAGUGUUUCUGGUGAAUGUUGAUGUACAUUGUUGAUUGUAAAUAUCAUACUAGAAAUGUAAAUAAUAAGGUAAUAAAAACAAUAGUUCAAUAUAUCUAUAUUUCAUUAAAGUCUUAAAUGUAGACACUUGUUUAAUAGAAUGGUUGUCGUUUGCUGCGGACAUUCGUGACAUUUGAGCACCCCAGGCAAGUAUUAUUAGUGAGCCAGCGUUCACCAUGUAAUAGGGUACUUUUGCGCGUACUUGAGUAUAUGAAAACGAACUGAUGGUUAUGACGAAGUCGGCAGGAAAAAUCCGCUGACAAGUAGUUUUUAUCUGCCUACGUUUGCGUUCUGUUCUUUAGCGAGGUAGCCAUUGUGGACUAAUUUCCCUCACAGUGAUCCAAGCAGGCCUUUCACAAAUUGUUUUUCUACUACGGGAUGCCUGUAUGCGCGUCUUUGUGCAAAGAGCAAAGCGAAAAUGGGACGCACAAGGCUCCUAAUGUUUCAAUUAUCGGGAAAUGUUCGCGCUGUUUUCUGCGGACUACGGAUAUUUUGAUCACUGACAAUGUUAUUGAAGACACAUAAGACUCACGGUUUAUUCUGCAGUAUCAAAUGUAUUCUCUAGGUUGGUUGUUAUAUUUACAGAAAGCAUACUCUAAAUGAAUAGAGCAAUAAUAAGGCAUUACAGAGUCCUCAUGUGCUCUCUUACUAUCUCUGAUUCCUCUAGCCCAGUCAUGUUUCCGUUAUUGACUUAUUAUCAUCUUGUACAUCGUGUACCGGAGAGUCGCCGAGUAUCGCAUUUAGUUUUUCUCUUGUGUGAACACGAAACGCAUUCGCUAAUAAAGACACACGAAAGAGCUCUCAUUCUGUGCUAUUACUAGGCGGAUCUAAGAUUUCAUGAACGUACUGAAAUAACAAUUUAAAAAACUUUGUCAGACUAAAUAAUAUCCCUUUAAGCGGAAGAGAAGGAGGGGGUGGGGGGUCCUUUGGUUUAAUAUGAGUAUUCACAUACAUUCGUCGUAAUUAUCUUUAUUAUCUUAAAUAUUUAUCCCGAAUAGGCAUUUUUUAGGUCUUCCAACAGAGAACAACGUCUGAGAUUUGGUGCGUAUCCAAUGUUCAAAAUCGUUGACCACGGUUUAAAUGCAAAAAAAGGUAACUCUUAGUGAAUUUGAGUACCAUAUUUUUCACAGUCAGCUUUUUUGUAACCUUUCUGCAACCAUUUAUCUGAUACUUGCAGGUCAUUUAGAUACAAAAUAUGUGAUGGAAAUAACUUUUAAGUAAUAAUCUCCUACGUAGGCACGGUUAUUUGUCGUCGACAGGAACUGUUCAUGGAAAUCUUUACUUCCACCUAGCGCGAGUGUAACUAACCUGCCUGAAACAAUUGAUGCGAUUUCAAAUUUGAUUUUGAAUUCUACAACUGGUAUUCAAACUAUUUUUCGCAGACAAUCAGUAUAAAUGACAGACAUAAUAGCAAACGCCACCAUUCUAUAAAUCAUACAAAUAAUAUGUGUAAUGGGUCAAAGCAAGAGGACCAAAUUGGCAACAGUUUUUGUAUUGUAUAUAAGAUUGAGACUUGUUUCGCGUAUCGUAUGUAUCUAUAAAAACCUCAGUCCUUUCAAUUUGAUCUAUCAAGCUUCCUUUUCUAGGAUGUAAUUUGUAUACAGGUUGCGUAUAUGGUAUAUGUCCCUGACAAUUUUUUCUACCCUUUCCUUCUCGACCCUGUUUCUGUUCUGCCCCGUUCCGCUAACAACGUGAUAUGCUCGUCAAAGCUUUUUUGUUUUUCUCAGAUAUCAAUAAACUAUCGCUGUUGUCUCAUAUAUAUGUUCUUAACGUCUAGCAGGAAGCGUACCUGAAGGAACAGAAUUGCUCAUGAAACAAUUCUCUAUUAUUCAUCUGUAAGCUUGGCAGUAGUGAUAAUGAGACAAAUGAUACUUUGAAUUUUUCUCAAAAAUGAUUAAAUCCUUCGACUAAAAAUCCCCACAUGUUUGUACUAUCUCUAUCACACGCACACAUCGCCUCAGCGUUAUUCGUACAGGAUGUUCAUAAUAAUACUAAUAACGCUAUCCCUUCAAACAGAUAUUCAGAAUUGACGCACAUUUUUAUAAAUACACUUGCAAAAGAAAUUGAAUAUGUAUGCUGGAUACGCUCAUGCAAUCGAAUGAGAAACACGUGAUCUAAUAAUAUUUUUAUACAUAACGUACUAUUCUAGCCUAGGGUGGCUUGAGUAAUAAUUUUCUAACAAUGCUUCAAGUGUUGCGUUCAUUCUUAGAGACACAUUGCUUCUUGGAAGAUAAGCAUCUAUACUAUUACGUAGCACCGAUCUGGCCUACAUCAAGCACUUUCGGAGUUAAUAUCGUAUCCAAUGAUGCCAAUGCAGCUUACCUACUUGUAUAUGAUAUAAGUAUAUUAUUUUCACUCCAAGUCUGUCAUUUUCUUUCAUAAAUCAGAUCGGAUCUUUCGCAAUGCCAACCCGACUUUUUCCCAUUUUUUCAAUAGAACGUGUUUGUUUCGAAAGACACUUGUUGUAUCGAAUAUAUUUUCAGAAUUGGUGAUUAUAUUUUCUCCCUUAACAAUGGUGUACUGUAAGCCCGUUCAGAGAAUUAAUCGGAUCAGAAGAACACUUUAUUUCUGCAAAGAAUUCAACACAGGCACACACAUACACGCAUGAAUACUGUACACAUGCGUACACAUAAAUCCCAGAUCGCAACCGAAUAAACUGGUUAUCAUCAAUAUAUAUAUAUAUAUAUAUAUAUAUUGAUAUGACAUCAAUAUGUAUAAAGAGUAAUAACUUGAUUUCUACAUCUUGCCAUAGCUAAAUAUCAAUCAACGUUUCGCAGUUUUUUUAGAAAUGGGUUAUUAUUCCCGAGCAUUCGAAAAAAUUAGUCGCCGAGAUCACACAAGAAACUGACAAACACAAAAUACAUAUAUUUUUUAGAAGGUGUCGCAUUUUUUGCCUAGAUAAAUCAAUGUAUAUUUGAAACUUAUUAUGCGUAGGAAAACAAUCUAUUCUGAAGAAGUUUAAAAGCAUAUAUAUAUAUAUAUAUAUAUAUAUAUAUAUAGUGCAAUACUUAAAAUGGGACUAUUUUUACUGCUAGCCCGCGAUUUCCCCGAUUUGAACGUAGUCUUUGCAAUUUGGCCGCAAAGAAACUAUUAUCAAAUCUAUUCACGCGGAAUGAACUCCCGCCAAAAUUAAAAACAUUACUUUUUCUCUGAAAUCGGUUGGUCUACGUUAUUGCCAGUUUCCAAGCAGCUUCCGAAAAGUUCAAGGUGGUUUUCUAUAAAGUAAACCGGGAGAUCCUUAAGGAGGUUUAAAUAAGGGCUCCAAAAGUGACGAAAUAGAAAGCAACCACCCUCCAGGAGUUAUCUGUUCACUGUCGUUAAAGUCGACUAUCGAAGAUAGCGAUGCUCCGUGAGUCUACGAAGUUUCCUGAAGAGUUUAA